UACAAAGGCAAGGUGUCCAGCGCGAGUAUCAGAAAACAGGAUAUUUAUUCCAAUAAAAGCUACAGAGACCAGGAGAACAUGACAGGGUGACGCGUUUCGGUCCUAAGACUGGACCUUAGUCAUGAGGGAGUGAGCUGGACUACAGAUACUCUUGCUUGCAGAUGAAUAGAUGUGCACCAUACGGCCAAGUUUCUGCUACAUUUCUUUUAUUAUCCCAAUCUGUGAUUGACCUUUUGGCAGCGAUAGAUGAGGUGGAAACAGAGGUGGUAGAAAUUGAAGCCAAACUUGACAAGUUGGUAAAACUAUGCAGUGGCAUGCUAGAAGCUGGUAAAGUCUACCUUACAACCAACAAGCACUUUGUAAGCGGCAUCCGAGACUUGUCCCAACAGUGCAAGAAAGAUGAGAUGAUCUCGGAGUGUCUGGACAAAUUUGGGGAUAGUCUACAGGAAAUGGUCAACUACCAUAUGAUCCUUUUCGAUCAGGCGCAGCGCUCCGUACGGCAGCAGCUUCACACCUUUGUUAAAGAAGAUGUGAGGAAGUUCAAGGAAUCGAAGAAGCAUUUUGACAAAGUGAGAGAAGACUUGGAUAUUGCACUAGUAAAAAAUGCCCAGGCCCCCCGCCAUAAACCACACGAGGUAGAAGAAGCUACGGGUACCCUGACCAUCACAAGAAAAUGCUUCCGGCACCUGGCCCUGGACUAUGUACUACAAAUUAAUGUCUUACAAGCCAAAAAGAAGUUUGAAAUUCUCGACGCUAUGUUAUCGUUCAUGCAUGCCCAAUACACAUUCUUCCAGCAGGGAUAUAGUUUACUAAAUGAGCUGAAUCCGUACAUGAAGAAGCUGGCUUCAGAGUUGGACCAAUUAGUCAUUGACUCGGCUGUAGAGAAAAGAGAGAUGGAACAUAAGCAUGCCACGAUACAGCAAAGGACCCUUCUCCAGGACUUCUCCUAUGAUGACUCCAAAGCAGAGUUUAAUGUGGAUGCCCCCAAUGGGGUUGUAAUGGAGGGCUACCUCUUCAAAAGGGCAAGCAAUGCAUUCAAGACAUGGAAUCGGCGGUGGUUUUCCAUACAAAAUAGCCAACUUGUUUACCAAAAAAAACUAAAGGAUGGUCUGACGGUGGUGGUGGAGGACCUUAGACUGUGUUCAGUAAAGCCCUGCGAGGAUAUAGAAAGAAGGUUUUGUUUUGAAGUUGUUUCGCCCUCCAAGAGCUGCAUGCUACAAGCUGACUCCGAGAAGCUGCGACAAGCCUGGAUCCAAGCCGUGCAAGCCAGCAUUGCCUCUGCAUACCGGGAAACACCAGAUAACUACUAUAUAGAGAGACUGGACAGGACGGCAUCUCCUUCCACUAGUAGCAUUGACUCGGCCAGUGACUCCAGGGAGCGAAGCAUCAAGGGAGAAAGUAUCUUGCAGCGGGUGCAAAGCAUCGCUGGCAAUGACCAGUGCUGUGAUUGUGGACAGACAGACCCCCGGUGGGCCAGCAUCAAUUUAGGAAUCACACUUUGCAUUGAAUGCUCAGGAAUUCACAGAAGUCUUGGUGUGCACUGUUCUAAAGUACGUUCUCUUACAUUGGACUCCUGGGAACCAGAGCUGCUUAAGUUGAUGUGUGAGCUGGGAAAUAGCACAAUAAACCAGAUCUACGAGGCGAAGUGUGAACAACUAGGCUUGAAAAAGCCAACGCCGGGAUGUUCUCGACAGGACAAAGAGGCCUGGAUCAAAGCAAAGUAUGUUGAGAAGAAGUUCUUGAAGAGGUUGGGAAGCGUAGAUGUAGAAAAUGGCCGGAAGUCUCAGAGGUGGAGCGUGAAAAAAUGUCAGCGGAAUAACAGCUCCAUCAAAGUUCCUUCUGCACGGAGGAAGUACAGGCACAAUGGCGGGAACACCUCUCCAGCCAUGCUCUCCUCAGCUGCAAAAUUUGAGCGAAAAUUCCGCCGGGAUUCCCUGUUUUGCCCAGAUGAAUUAGAUUCCCUCUUCUCAUACUUUGACACAGGCUCUGGGCCGCGCAGUCUGAGCAGCGACAGUGGUCUGGGGGGAAGCACGGAUGGAAGCAACGAUGUCCUAGUGUUUGAAUCGGUGGUGGACAGUGUCACAGAGGAAGAAUGUGAGGUCUCAGAGGAGUCUAGCGGAGAAGCAGAGACGGAACAAGAGCCCUCAGACCCCGAGGACCUGCGAGAGCUUCACCCUGGACUAUUGAUGUACAAAGCAUCUCGUGCAAGGAACCUACCUAUCAUGGCUGAGGCCCUCGCCAAUGGGGCUAAUGUCAACUGGGUGAAUGAUGAGGAUGAGAGCAAGACUCCUUUAAUUCAGGCUGUAAUUGGGGGCUCAUUGAUAGCUUGUGAGUUCCUGCUGCAGAACGGGGCAGAUGUAAACCAGACUGACAUGAGAGGACGGGCACCUAUACAUCAUGCAACAUAUCUAGGGCACACAGGUCAGGUUUGUCUGUUCCUGAAGCGGGGGGCCAAUCAGCACGCGGUGGAUGACGAUGGUCAAGACCCUCUCAGUAUUUCCGUGCAGGCAGCUAAUGCAGAUAUUGUCACUUUGCUACGACUCGCCCGGAUGAAUGAAGAGAUGAGAGAAGCAGAAGGCCCAUUCGGACAACCAGGUCAAUAUCCCAGCAACAGCCCAACAGAACAGCAGUACAGGAAGUGCAUCCAGGAAUUCAUCUGCCUUAAUAUAGAUGAGUGUUAGUCAGACAAAAGGCCCUCAAGGGGGCGCAGCUGAUCCCUACUUUUUUGAACUUUUUUCCACUAGCUGCUCUUGGCAACCUUUUUUUUUUUUUUUGGAAACCUGCAUGGGGGAUUGUCUUCUGGCAUCAGGGGAGGGAAGAGUCACUUGUCGACCAGGGGGCACAACUAAACCAAAAUGUUGUAUUUUAUUUUUUAUUUUUAUUUUUUUGGGAAGGGUUUGGACCAAUAUUAUUACAGGUUUUUUUUUUUUUUUUUUUUGUCCUUAUCACUGCCAAGAGCAAAACAAAGGAAAGCUGAUGUAUUGAUAUUUUAUGUACUGUUUAGCACUUUUACAAACUGUGAUUCUUUUAGAUUUUUACGUUUUGAGAUCAGAACAGACACUGAGAUGACGGAGUCAAUGGGGGAACCUGUAGGCUCUUCUGCCUCUUUUGUGCCUGACUAUUUAUUUAUUUAGGGGUAAAGGUUAAAGGGACUCAGCUGAGCCAGUGAAAGGUACUUCUACAUUCAGGGACCUUGUGUGCGUCAGCUGCCUAGCUUAGUAGGGUUCUAGUCUUUGUGCAUUUUUAAAGGGGGUCUGCUCUGUCAUAACCACUUCCGCUUUAGUGACUGAAGGGUUGGGGUGUGGAUCUUGGGGAGCGGUGGGGCUCAGAGUAACUUGCUGUAAUGCUGCGUGGGCUAUCCUUAAAGACCCACAUUUUAAGCACUUUUUUUUUUCCUAUUUCGAGGUGGUCUAUUUCUGGUGCUUAUAUGCAGUGUGCUAGACGCACAUCAACUUGCAGCUUCCUCUAGCCUUGCCUAGGUGUGUUGUGCUUUGUCUUAACUUCUUCACUGCCAGAGAAGGAGAGAGAUACGGGUGCCAUUUAUGAGCCAUUGCUGUGGGUUUGGACAUUACUGCUCCUCUGGACAGAAUGAAAAAAAAAAAAAAACUCUUGUAGAUGUCCUAAAAAAUUUUUAGAGCACAAAAAUAUGAUCUCAUGAAUGGGUGCUUGUCUCUGUUACCACGUCUCGCUGGGUGUCUAUUCAGUCUAGA